UCGGCUCCACUUCGCAGGGACCGCUCCCGAGGCCUCGCCCCUGAGGUCUGUGGAGGCAGGUUUCCACGCCGCCGGUGGGAGGCCUGCGGGGCGCCAGCCGCUCAGCGCCUGCGCAGACGGCGGACGUCCGCCACCAUGACAGCACCCGCCGGGGGCCCGGGAUCUUGGAGUGAAAAUAUACUGGAAUAUUUUCUGAGAAAUAACCAGAUUACAACAGAAGAUGGCGCUGAGAUCGUCUGGUAUCAUGCAGCUAACCACAAGGCACAAAUGAACGAAGCAGUGAAAAGUACUGCUCACAUGAUAGAGGCUGAUGUCCUCCUGCCAAAUGAUGGAUCAGAGCAUGGCCAACCAAUUAUGGCCCAUCCUCCUGAAACAAACAGUGAUAAUACCCUACAGGAGUGGCUGGCUGAAGUUAUGAAAAGCAAUAAAGGCAUCAAGCUGGAUUUCAAGAGUCUGGCAGCUGUAGAACCAUCCAUGGUGCUCUUGGAAAAUGUGAAGAGGCAUCUGAAGUGUCCCGUAUGGAUUAAUGCUGAUAUUCUUCCUGGUCCAAAUGGAAAUAGCAAAGUAAUAGAUGCAAAACCAUUUAUAGAUACUGUGACAUCCUUCUUUCCAGAUGUGACAUUAUCCCUGGGCUGGACAACGGGAUGGCAUCCUGAGAAAGUUAAUGAAGGAUACAGUUGGACAAUGGUGAAAGAGAUGGAAUAUAUAUGUAAUGAACUAAAUCAGCCUGUAACAUUCCCUGUGAGAGCAGCAUUAGUCAGGCAGUCUUGUUCUCAGUUACUGUGGCUGUUGAAGAAAUCAAACAGGUACAGCCUGACUAUUUGGACUGGAAAAAAUGAUGACUAUUCCAUUGAAGAUUUACUUUAUAUUAGAAACCAUUUUGGCAAAAACCAAGUUUUCUAUGACAUCUUGGAACCACAAAACCUUCAAUUUAAACAAGCCAUUGGAAUCAAAGUUAAUCUCUAAGAAGAGUCUUCCAAAUUAUUUUCUGUGCUUUAGUUUCAUAACCCUUCUCUGCAUUGGUCUGAAUUAAUUAUCAUGUAUAUUAUGAUUAUAGGCUUAGGCUCCAAUUCAUCCAAUCAGGAAACGUUUACUGUGUGCUUACUCUGUGGGCAUAUGUUCUUAUAAAAUAGUGCACUUAUGUAAAAGAUUUGGAAAGGAGAUUUCAGUGGCCUAGUCUAAUAAUAAUUCAGGAAAAUGAUACUCUGAACCUCUUUAAAAAGUAACUUUGAGCCUGAGCGAGAGCAAGAUCCCGUCUACUAAAAAUAGAAAAAUUACCUAGGCGUUGUG